AAUUACGGACUAUUUUUUAUUUAUUUGACGGGGUUCGCACUUUCAUUAACACUUUUAUGUUAUUCCUGAUUUUUUACUAUUUGUUUUUUAUUCGCAGCCUUAAUUUAACCAUAUAUACCUAAUACUCCAUUAAUUUUGCCUCUUCUUUCUUAAUUUUCUUCUGUUUGCUGUUCUAGCUGAAGAAUUAUGUGGUAUUGUAACUCUAUUUACAAAAACAAGGAAAAAAGUCGGGAAAAAAAACCAAUAUUUAACUAUUAUACAGAAUCACAAAUUUUCUCUUAUUCCUAGCACUGAUUUUUUUAUUUGUUAAUUUGAUUGAUUUUGUGAAAAAUUAUGAGGAAGAGUCGGCAAAAGAAGCAAACUUUCUAUCAACGCCGCCAAGAAAACGAUGAUUGGACGGUGAAACCUCUAAAUGAACACCAAAAAAACCAAGUACCCAGUUCUGAUCAUCAUCAGGAUGAUAUAGAACAACCUCAAACUUCUUCAACCUCAAAUUUUAAUCCCUCAAGUCGAAUAAAUUUCAAGUGGGUGUCCAAAAAUGGUGGGACCCAAGUCAAAAAAUCUCUUCUUGAGCCGAAAUAUGAUGAGGGUGGGUCCAAUUUUGGGGAGAAUGGAGAUGGGCAGGAGGUGGAUGAGAGAGAAAGUGAGGUAGGAGAGAGAAAAUGUGAAGUUGAUGUGGUAAUAGUUGGUGGGGAGAAGAUUGAAGGAUCUGAGUUGAGUGAGGAGAGUGGUGUUGAUGAUGUUGUUAGAAGAUUGGAGGAGUUGCAAUUUGGGGUUGAAGAAGUUGAAUUAUCUGAGGAACAGAUUAGAAUUAAUGAUCAAGCUCAAGAAGAUGAGUUGAUUGCUAUGGAGUCUAUCUAUGGAGACAAUGUCCAUGUCCUUGAAAAUAGACGAGGCUUGCGAUCUUUCCAGAUUUACAUACAAAUUGAACUUCCUAGUGCGUAUCCAGUAUCAGCUAAACUAAAGGCAGAUGCUCAGGCUGACUCCAAAUUGGGUGAUUCAGAUGAAUUCGUAUAUACUUUCAAGGUUAAUUAUCUGUCACCUAUUGUUUUGACUUGCUUGCUGCCUAGAUCAUAUCCAAGUCAUGGUCCACCCUCUUUCACACUCUCAGUUCAAUGGCUGCAUAAAUCUGGAAUUUCCAAGCUUUGCUCCAUGCUAGACAUGUUGUGGAAUGAGCAACCAGGACAAGAGAUCCUGUACCAGUGGGUAGAAUGGUUACAUAUUUCUUCUCUUACGUACCUUGGUUUUGAUAAAGAACUUGUGCUUGGACCCUACAAUGUGAAAACUGCUUCAGAUAGGCGUGCUAUCUCUGGAGGUGUUUCUCCUAACUUUGAUAUUCCAUCAAUGAAGAGUUACAAUGAUGAGAGACAACAUGAGAAUUUCUUGAGUGGAUUUCAUGAAUGUUGCAUCUGUUUCAGCGAGUAUGCAGGAGCGGAAUUUUUGAGAUUGCCAUGUCAUCACUUCUUUUGUGUAAAAUGCAUGACCACUUAUACUGAAGUGCAUGUGAAGGAAGGGACAGUUAACAAGCUGCAAUGUCCAACGACUAAAUGUGGCUGUAUGAUCCCACCUGGUUUAUUGAAACGGCUGCUGGGGGAUGAGGCAUUUGAACGUUGGGAAUCUAUGAUGUUGCAAAAAACCCUUGAUGCAAUGUCUGAUAUAGCUUAUUGCCCCAGAUGUGAAACAGCUUGUUUGGAAGAUGACGACCAACAUGCGCAAUGUUCUAAGUGCUUCUUUAGCUUUUGCACUCUUUGCAGGGAGAAACGCCAUGUGGGGAUAGCAUGCAUGACACCAGAGAUGAAGCUUAAAAUAUUGGAGGAGCGCCAAAAUUCAUCCCAUCUUAUGUCUGAACAAAGACGUAAAGAGCUUGAUAUGAUAAAUGAACUUCGAAGUGUGACGGAGAUUCUCCGUGAUGCUAAGCAAUGCCCAUCGUGCAAGAUAGCUAUCUCUAGAACUGAAGGUUGCAAUAAGAUGGUGUGUACUCAGUGUGGCCAUUUCUUUUGCUACCGCUGUAACAAAGAAAUUAGUGGAUAUGAGCAUUACAGAGAUGGAACAUGUGAACUUUUCCCACAAGAAAUGGUUGAGGAGUGGGAAGUGCGGAUUAAUGCUCGUCAAGUCCUGGGUCAGUUGCAAGCUCAAGCUUUUCCUGCAAAUGCUCGACCUUGUCCUAUGUGUGGGCAGUUGAAUGCUAAGGUUGGAAACAAUAAUCACAUCUUCUGCUGGGCAUGCCAAAACCACUACUGCUACCUUUGUAGGAAGGCUGUACGACGUAGCUCUGAGCAUUAUGGUCCCAAAGGUUGUAAACAACAUUCAGAAGGAUAGGUGACUGGAACACAAAGAGAAAUACACCUUGAGGUCAGUCGGGUGACAAUUCUUUCUCCCUUGGGUAGGGAACACAGUUUGGUGCUUGAUGAAAUUCUUUGAAAUUAUGGAGCAAGACAUCAUAGAUUCAAUGUGCAUUGGGAAGUCUGCUUUACCGCAAUAGUACAGUAGUCGGCUUCUUAACACUUUAUUUGGAUAGAAGGAAACGGAGGGAAAGGGAUGGAAGGGAUAAGGAGGGGAACAAAUUCCCUUAUGUGGAUAGUGGAUACAUUGGGGGAAGGGAGGGGAGGGAGAGGGAAGGAUCUACUUUCCCUCCCUUUUUAAUAAAUAUCGUCCCUCCCAGAUUGGAGAGAUUAUCUUUCCCCUUCUCCUUCCAAAUAAAGUGUAAAUGUGCUCUAAGAUGACUUAGCAACAGAAUAUUUCUAAUGGCCCAUUUGGUAGUCGUUAAUAAAUUGCGAUAAUGGGAGUGAAUUUUAAGUGUAAUUUUAUUAGGGAAGCAUCCUUAAAAUCUCCAUGGGGAGUUAUUUUUUCUCCAUGAAAAAACAAUCUCACUCCUGAACUUGUGUUUUUGUCUCUAAGGGAUAAUCAAAUUGCUAUUUGAAACAUUAUUUUCUUUUGUAUAUUAUUCAAGUCCUACAGAUUAUACACCAAUUAUUUACCAUUUC